AACAAUAGGAAAUGACACCACUUCAAUGGCUGCUGCAAAUGACACCAAUUCAAUGGCUGCUCUAAAUACCACCACUUCAACGGCUGUUCCAAAUACCACCACUUCAACGGCUGCUCCAAAUGCCACCAAUUCAACGGCUGCCCCAAUUGCCACAAAUUCCACAGCUGCUCCAAAUGUUACCAAUUCAACGGCUGCUCCAAAUGUUACCAAUUCCACGACUGGUCCAAAUGCUAGUUCCACAGCAGCUGUCACCAACGCCACUGCUGCUCUUGCACCAAGUGACCCUCCAUCUCCCAGUGAAGGAUCUCUGAGUCUUCAAUUCAGUCUAAACCAGAACUUCUCCUCAGAACUCUCAGACCCGACAUCUUCAGGGUUUAAGACUCUGUCUUCCACAGUGGUCUCACAGGUGAACACAGUGUUUUCCAAAACCACAGGCUUUCUUCGUUCUCUUGUCAACUCAUUCAAGAGUGGAUCUGUCGUCACCAGCAUGACUCUGGUGUUUGCCAACAAAUCUGUGGUUCCCAGCACUGCCAGCAUUCUGUCAACCUUCACCAACAGUAACACCUCCCUGAACAUUGUACCUAAUAGCAUCACUGGAAAUGACACCACUUCAAUGGCUGCUGCAAAUGACACCAAUUCAAUGGCUGCUCUAAAUACCACCACUUCAACGGCUGUUCCAAAUACCACCACUUCAACGGCUGCUCCAAAUGCCACCAAUUCAACGGCUGCCCCAAUUGCCACAAAUUCCACAGCUGCUCCAAAUGUUACCAAUUCAACGGCUGCUCCAAAUGUUACCAAUUCCACGACUGGUCCAAAUGCUAGUUCCACAGCAGCUGUCACCAACGCCACUGCUGCUCUUGCACCAAGUGACCCUCCAUCUCCCAGUGAAGGAUCUCUGAGUCUUCAAUUCAGUCUAAACCAGAACUUCUCCUCAGAACUCUCAGACCCGACAUCUUCAGGGUUUAAGACUCUGUCUUCCACAGUGGUCUCACAGGUGAACACAGUGUUUUCCAAAACCACAGGCUUUCUUCGUUCUCUUGUCAACUCAUUCAAGAGUGGAUCUGUCGUCACCAGCAUGACUCUGGUGUUUGCCAACAAAUCUGUGGUUCCCAGCACUGCCAGCAUUCUGUCAACCUUCACCAACAGUAACACCUCCCUGAACAUUGUACCUAAUAGCAUCACUGGAAAUGACACCACUUCAAUGGCUGCUGCAAAUGACACCAAUUCAAUGGCUGCUCUAAAUACCACCACUUCAACGGCUGUUCCAAAUACCACCACUUCAACGGCUGCUCCAAAUGCCACCAAUUCAACGGCUGCCCCAAUUGCCACAAAUUCCACAGCUGCUCCAAAUGUUACCAAUUCAACGGCUGCUCCAAAUGUUACCAAUUCCACGACUGGUCCAAAUGCUAGUUCCACAGCAGCUGUCACCAACGCCACUGCUGCUCUUGCACCAAGUGACCCUCCAUCUCCCAGUGAAGGAUCUCUGAGUCUUCAAUUCAGUCUAAACCAGAACUUCUCCUCAGAACUCUCAGACCCGACAUCUUCAGGGUUUAAGACUCUGUCUUCCACAGUGGUCUCACAGGUGAACACAGUGUUUUCCAAAACCACAGGCUUUCUUCGUUCUCUUGUCAACUCAUUCAAGAGUGGAUCUGUCGUCACCAGCAUGACUCUGGUGUUUGCCAACAAAUCUGUGGUUCCCAGCACUGCCAGCAUUCUGUCAACCUUCACCAACAGUAACACCUCCCUGAACAUUGUACCUAAUAGCAUCACUGGAAAUGACACCACUUCAAUGGCUGCUGCAAAUGACACCAAUUCAAUGGCUGCUCUAAAUACCACCACUUCAACGGCUGUUCCAAAUACCACCACUUCAACGGCUGCUCCAAAUGCCACCAAUUCAACGGCUGCCCCAAUUGCCACAAAUUCCACAGCUGCUCCAAAUGUUACCAAUUCAACGGCUGCUCCAAAUGUUACCAAUUCCACGACUGGUCCAAAUGCUAGUUCCACAGCAGCUGUCACCAACGCCACUGCUGCUCUUGCACCAAGUGACCCUCCAUCUCCCAGUGAAGGAUCUCUGAGUCUUCAAUUCAGUCUAAACCAGAACUUCUCCUCAGAACUCUCAGACCCGACAUCUUCAGGGUUUAAGACUCUGUCUUCCACAGUGGUCUCACAGGUGAACACAGUGUUUUCCAAAACCACAGGCUUUCUUCGUUCUCUUGUCAACUCAUUCAAGAGUGGAUCUGUCGUCACCAGCAUGACUCUGGUGUUUGCCAACAAAUCUGUGGUUCCCAGCACUGCCAGCAUUCUGUCAACCUUCACCAACAGUAACACCUCCCUGAACAUUGUACCUAAUAGCAUCACUGGAAAUGACACCACUUCAAUGGCUGCUGCAAAUGACACCAAUUCAAUGGCUGCUCUAAAUACCACCACUUCAACGGCUGUUCCAAAUACCACCACUUCAACGGCUGCUCCAAAUGCCACCAAUUCAACGGCUGCCCCAAUUGCCACAAAUUCCACAGCUGCUCCAAAUGUUACCAAUUCAACGGCUGCUCCAAAUGUUACCAAUUCCACGACUGGUCCAAAUGCUAGUUCCACAGCAGCUGUCACCAACGCCACUGCUGCUCUUGCACCAAGUGACCCUCCAUCUCCCAGUGAAGGAUCUCUGAGUCUUCAAUUCAGUCUAAACCAGAACUUCUCCUCAGAACUCUCAGACCCGACAUCUUCAGGGUUUAAGACUCUGUCUUCCACAGUGGUCUCACAGGUGAACACAGUGUUUUCCAAAACCACAGGCUUUCUUCGUUCUCUUGUCAACUCAUUCAAGAGUGGAUCUGUCGUCACCAGCAUGACUCUGGUGUUUGCCAACAAAUCUGUGGUUCCCAGCACUGCCAGCAUUCUGUCAACCUUCACCAACAGUAACACCUCCCUGAACAUUGUACCUAAUAGCAUCACUGUGACAUCAAUGAGUUCAGGAAGUGAUGCCCGACCCAUUAUCUCCUCCCUGACAUCCUUACUGGUCACUUUGGCACUGCUAAUGGUACAGCUAUUGGCUAGCUAAUAGCCUGGCUGUGGUGGCACUGGUUUAACCAAUGGACUGUCCCCAGCUCUCAGAGAGACAGUCUAAAUAUGUAUGUAUGACCUUUUGUGAAUAAUAAUACAUUUGAAUAUGUAUAAUUAUUAUGGGAUUAAUCUAAUCAUAAAUUAUUUUGGGUGUGUUAGUUUCUAAUUAUUCAAAUAGGCUUUCAAAAACUUUACAUAUAAUUCAGAAUUUGCAGAUACCUUGUAAACAGCAACCUGCAUAUUGUUUGAUAUAAAAUAUUAGUUGUC